UAGGGAUUUUAUCUGCAUACUGUGCUCGGUUCUACCAGGGGAUGCUAACGGAAUCACGACUACAAUCAUGCGUUCAUCAACAGACGAAAAAUAAACAUUGUAACGGUGUUAUUCCGUUUAUAAUAGUAAUAUUUUAUGAAAUACCGUGCAGAAUAAGCAGCAACAUUUGACAUUUUGGGAGACUAGACUACUGUACCUACACAGCAGACAACCACCAUGGCAGACAGUUUUAUGGGCAAGGCGGCUACCAUGGAGAUUCCUAUCAACAGCAAUGGAGAGACCCUGGCCGAGGAUGACAGUUUGGAGCAGGCUGCAAAGAUUCAGUGGACCUUAGAUGAGAAGGACCUGCAGCAGGUGAUGGUGUCUGGUCCCAACCUGAAUGAGACCAGCGUCGUGUCUGGAGGCUACGGAGGACCUGCGGGGGGCAUCAUACCCACCUCCUCCAUCAAAGGCCCUGCUAUCCGCUUCAACCCUCAGUAUGUGGACAGGAGAAGCCCCCCUGCCCCUAACUGUGCCCCUGUCCCUGGAGCCCAAUCUCAGCCCACAGACCUGCGAAUGAAGUCCAGGGGACAGGGUGUAGGUCUGGUCUCCAGCCAGUCAGCAGCCAGAAUGAUAACCAACCAGAACCAGACCGACCAGCCAUUUACAGGGUCGGGUAUGCACCACAGUAACAGCACCCAGAACAUGUCAGUGGAGGAGGCUAACCGUGGUGUGGCUGUGGAGAAACUAGACAGCGUUAAGAAGUGGGGCAUCAACACCUACAAGUGUACCAAGCAGAUGUUCUCGGAGCGGUUCGGCCGUGGUUCUCGGACUGUGGACCUAGAGCUGGAGGCCCAGAUAGACGUGCUCAGGGACACCAAGAGGAAGUACGAGUCUGUCCUGAGACUGACCAGUGCCCUGACCAGCCACUUCUACAACAUGGUCCAGACCCAGCAGGCCUUAGGGGACACCUUCGCAGACCUCAGCCAGAAAUCACCUGAACUACGGGAUGAGUUUGGUUACAACGCGGAGACUCAGAAGUUGUUGUGUAGGAACGGGGAGGCUCUGCUUGGUGCCAUCAACUUCUUUGUGUCCAGCAUCAAUACACUGGUCAACAAGACCAUGGAGGACACACUGAUGACCAUCAAACUGUACGAGGCUGCAAGGCUGGAGUUUGAUGCGUACAGGGCCGACCUGGAGGAGUUGAGUCUGGGUCCUCGUGAUGCUGCCACCAUGGUGCGUAUAGAGGUGUCCCAGCAGCAGUACCAGGUGCAGAGAGACAAGUACGAACGGCUGCGCUCAGACGUUACCAUCAAACUCAAGUUCCUGGAAGAGAACAAGGUGAAGGUGAAGGUGAUGCACAAGCAGCUGCUGCUCUUCCAUAAUGCUAUCUCAGCCUACUUCUCUCUGUGUGUGUGUGAAGGUGAUGCACAAGCAGCUGCUCCUCUUCCAUAAUGCUAUCUCAGCCUACUUCUCUCUGUGUGUGUGUGUAGGUGAAGGUGAUGCACAAGCAGCUGCUGCUCUUCCAUAAUGCUAUCUCAGCCUACUUCUCUCUGUGUGUGUGUGUAGGUGAAGGUGAUGCACAAGCAGCUGCUGCUCUUCCAUAAUGCUAUCUCAGCCUACUUCUCUCUGUGUGUGUGUGUAGGUGAAGGUGAUGCACAAGCAGCUGCUGCUCUUCCAUAAUGCUAUCUCAGCCUACUUCUCUCUGUGUGUGUGUGUAGGUGAAGGUGAUGCACAAGCAGCUGCUGCUCUUCCAUAAUGCUAUCUCAGCCUACUUCUCUCUGUGUGUGUGUGUGUAGGUGAAGGUGAUGCACAAGCAGCUGCUGCUCUUCCAUAAUGCUAUCUCAGCCUACUUCUCUCUGUGUGUGUGUGUAGGUGAAGGUGAUGCACAAGCAGCUGCUGCUCUUCCAUAAUGCUAUCUCAGCCUACUUCGCUGGGAACCAGCAGCAGUUGGAACAGACACUGAGACAGUUCAACGUCAAGUUAAAGCCCCCAGGGUCAGACAAGCCCUCCUGGCUGGAGGAGAGCUAGAAUCAUCAGCUCCCAGUCCUCUGGGCAUGUAUGUAUCAAGCAUCUCAGAGUACGAAUACUGAUCCAGGAUCAGUUUAGCCUUUUAGAUCAUAAUGAAUCAGAUUAUAUGGACAGGCAGGACAUGAUCCUAGAUCAGCACUCCUACUCUGAGAUGCUUGAUACGUACGGCCCCAGGUCUCAGUCAGGUCUCUGGUAUAUAUGGGACACAGAUGGAGAGACACACUGGGCUUGGAAGAAACAAGAAGAAUGGAUAGACGGAUGAACAGAUAUAUGAAAUCUACACGAACUGUAUAUAAAAACCAGAGAUGGGACAAGUAGAGACUAGUGAUGAUGAUACUAAGGGGAAAAGAACGCUUAUCUAGUUUCAUUUAGUUUUGCCAAUUUGUUUAUAGAAUGUCUAUUUUAUGUUGAUUUGUUGUGUUAAUUAUUCACAACAGAGCCUCAUGAUAUUGUUGCUGUGUAGCGUGACUUUUAAUUCAUCAAUUAUUCUAAGCUUAUACUUUGCACAUAAAUGUAAUCAUUAUUUUCAAACUGUUUUCGCUCUUUUGUGAAGUGUUAUGUAAAGCUUCCAGAGGUCGUCAUUUGAAAGGUCAGUAAACUGUUUACAUAUGUAGAGGAUAUUAAGAAUCUGGACCAGUUACAUUGUUUGCACCAGGUGAAGAUUAGAGGUAGAUUUUUGAAAGGGAGAAGCCUACAGUCUGUGGUAUACUAUUGAUGACAGAAAUGAUGGGUUAAAGGGGCAAUCCUGAAUUUGGAAAACAAGCAGUCUAGAAUCAAUGGCUAUAUAUCAUGAAUUUAAAAGUCAAAAAAUUGAUUAGUACCUAUUCCAGAUGGCCCCUUUUUCUAUCAAUAAUUUUGAGUACAGGAAGUACGACUUUUUCGUUUACAAUAAAUAAUCUCCCUCUGAUUAAUCCUACAGAUAAUGUUAUUACACAUGUUUAUUAUGUUAUGUCUUUAUAACAUAUAUCCCAAUAAUCAAAUAGAGUUAAUAUAUGUUUAUAAAAAUACCUCUACUAAUUCCAUUCAGAUGUAUAUGUUCUUGUGUUUUUCUUCAGUUUUUUUUCUCCCAUUUCUACAUCAAUGUUGUGUCUCCAUUUUAAAACGCAUAUGGACCUGGUGUACAGUAUAUGAAAUGGUGGUUUAUAGUAUAUGGUUUGAUGUUUCCAUACAGACUUGAUAUUUCCCCACAAAAGCUGUACAGUAAUAACACUCGUCCAUCUGCUGUCCACUGAGUAUAUUGUAGUCAUCACCUGUAUAAGUACUGUACCAUAUUGUGUUCACACAUUACAUGGCAAUACAAUCCAAAACAUGGCUGAAAA